ACUAGAAAUCGUCUCAAAAACAGACGAGCUCUGACACUUUGACAUUUGAGCUUCAGAAGGAGACCGAGACCGAGAAGCACGAUGGCCGAACGCAGAUGGAUUCAAAUAUCCUGCCUGAUGCUGAUGAUUCCUUCUGCAGAUUUAUGUUACAUCGCACCGACACCUGAAAAAUACAUUUUAAACAGAGCCGGAGAAGACGUCACUUUGCCUUUUCCAAACAUGGAAAACAUUCCGGAGAACUGUAGCGGUGUUGAGUGGAUGAUCUUUGGUAGGGAAGUAGUAACGAUCACACCUGGGGCAACAGGUGAAAUCGGCCAAAAGUAUUCAGACAGACUGAGCAUGACAGCCAACUGUUCUCUGGUUAUUAAGCAGGUCACAGCUGAGGAUGCCGGUUAUUAUGACUGUAAACAAUACAAAUCAGGAAAGCAAGGUCACAUUGAUUUGGUUCAUCGGACUGUGUUUGAUCUGUCUGUUGUUAACAUUACUGAACUGAAGAGGGCUGAUGGGGUGAAGCUGAUAUGCUCUGUGGUGUCACUGGGAAUGUGUCAUUACUCAGUGAUGUGGGAGUGGAAUCAUACUGUGACUCCAGCAUUUAUGCUAAGAAUCGGCCGUUGUUUUGCUUCUGUGAAUUUUCUGGCGUCUGCUUUCUCAUCAAGGGAUCACUCAGUGACGUGUAAAGCAAACAAUACCAACACAGGUGAAGAGCAUCGGUUCACCUUCAGCCCCCACCUUUCAGAUGACACAAAAAUUGAAACGACUAGAUCAACGAGCACGGCUGAAGGCCCCACAGAAUCAGUCUCAGCCUCGACAGCAGCCGCUGAAGCUUCAGGUGAUAAAACAGGUGAGACAAAAUCAACAACACACAACCCAACCGGAUACACGGAAACCAGCACAGCAUCAGCCAGGUCAAACCCACUGACUGAUGUUGACUUAAGAGGAUCGGGGAGGCUCACUGUCGUCUGUGUUGUCUGUGCAGCUCUUCUAAUAACCGUUGUCACAGUUGUGAUAUGGAUUCGAACUAAAGGGAACACGCACCAGAUGAAUUAUGUAAUCCACCAUGAUGAAAACGAAGAUGAUGCAGUGAAUUAUGAAAAUCCCAGAGGCUUAUUUUCUAUCAGACUCAGCUGAUAAAUAACAUCAACUCACCAGACAAGUCGUCAGUUGUAUUACUCCCCGAUGAGUCGGUCUGUGUGAGUCAGCCGUCGGGUCUCCACUUCCGUCCUCUGCCUGGUUGUUUAGUGCAACUUCUCUUUUUUUUUUUUUUAAGUCUACCAACCAACCUUUCAAUAUCUCUGACAUUUAUAUUUUAUUUCUCUGUAAAUGAUUAUAAGAGACUUAAUGUUAUUCGGUUUGUUAAGUACUUGCAUGUUUUUUAUUGGUAGCAGCUCGUGUUCGAGCUGAUGAUUAAAUGAAUCAUUUUAUG